GGGAGGGUGAUGGUGUUGGGUGUGGAUGAUGAAGUGAAGAUGAAGACAGAGAGAAAACAGAGUAUAGAGAAAACAAGAGAAGGAGGAGGAGGCAUUUUAGCAUGCGAAGAGUGUGGAAGUACAGAAGAAGUGAGAAUGUUCCUUGCAAUACUGCAUGGCCAUUUUCCGCGUUGCAAAAGCAUAACCGAAAGCUUUGUUUGGUUAUGUGAAGACUGACUUGAAUUUCAUACAUUGAAAGGUAGUUAGUUGGGUGGGACUGCAACUCGCUACCAAACAGGCAACAAAAUCACUGUCAAUAGCAAUUCGCAUUGCACCAUUUGUUUUCGCUCUACAAUGCGAUAUACUAUCACAGCUUCAUCCAAACGCUCUUCAACCUUCACGUUGCACAGCCACACCUCAUCACUCUCAUUCAUUCCAUCUCCGUCGCCAUGUUGCGCUCUCUCUGGCGAUCCACCGAUCGCUUCUCCGUUCAAAACUUCCAACAUGUAAUAAACGAACUGCGGAUGAUCAACGUUGUGGACAAAAGUAACAGGGAGCUUGUGAUGGAUUUAUUGCAGUCCGUUGUGGAGAUUGUGAUGUAUGGUGAUAGACAAGAUCCGCAAAUUUUUGAAUGUUUCAUGGAGCGCCAAGUGCUGGAGGACUUUGUUCACAUUCUUAAGAUCAGUGAAGAUUCGAAAAUUCAGGCACCACUGCUUCAGUAUCUUAGCAUAAUGAUUCAAAACAUGGACAGUGAACAUUCAAUUUACUAUUGCUUCAGUAAUGGUUAUAUUAACAACAUUAUUUCACAUCCCUUCAAAUUUGAUGGACAAGACCUAGCUCCAUACUAUGUUUCUUUCCUAAGGGCCAUUAGCAGCAAAAUAAAUAGGGACACACUUUGCCUUCUUGUGGAUAUUCAGGGGGAUGCUGUAGUCUCCUUUCCCUUGUAUACUGGAGCUCUAAGAUUUGCUCAACAUGAAGAAAAGAUGAUUCAGACAGCUAUACGUGCAAUUGUUCUGAACAUCUACAACGUGAGUGAUGACAAGGUGUAUCAAUUUAUAUCAACUCCACCAGUUUCAGAAUAUUUCUCUGACCUGAUUUGUAGAUUAAAAGAUCUAUGCUUUCGGUUAGAUGCUUUUGUCAAUGAUAAAGACAGGAAAAUGGACACUCAGAAAAGAAGAAAUGGGAUUAUUCUUGAAUCUGAAAAAAUUGCAGAUGAACUGUACUACUUCAAAGACAUUCUUAGAGUUGGCAAGCCUCGUUUGACUAUACUGGUUAUGGAAAAUCUUUUGAAUGGACUUGUGUUUCCUCUACUAUGUUCAUUUAUGGCUUCAAAGAAUAAAAAUGGAUCUGACUUAUCUGCUAUCACUUCGCUAUAUAUCAUAUCCCGCCUUCUCCAGGUUGUUGGUGGAAGAAGCACGAUUAACAAUGUGGCUUUUGUUCUUCUGUAUCAUAUAUUGAACUUCAACGUGAAAAGUCUGAGUGAAGGGAAUACUUCUGAUUUCCAUUAUGAUAUUGUAACCUUUUCAAAGUGCUUGAAUGAAGUGGAAAAUGUUAUAUCUAGUGCUUCCGAGUCAAAUGGAUCUCAGAGUAUCAACGGCACCUAUUUAGGUGCUCAUUGGGAAGGUUUCAUGUCUAGUAUCAAUAUUUAUAAUCCAAAUGGUGAAAUUUGUUCCCAAAGGAGUGGAAUAUUUGCUUUUCUUUUCUGUAAGGAUCAAAGCCUAUUGUUAGCUUCAAUAUUUCUCUUGCUUAUCCUGAUUGAGAGUAAAGGUUUUGUAGAUCUUGAUUGUGACUUGUCACUGAUGAGUAAGCUAUCUGAGAUGGGGGAUGAGAUGACUCAUGGCACAACAUCUAAGACUGUGGAUGGAAGUAUCUUCGUUAAGUUUAUACCUGAGAUUUUAAAAGCACUGCUGAACGUUUUAGCCUUCCAGCAACCCCUCUCAACAAUGAUGCUAUGGCAUGCGGGAUGGUGCCUGCAAAAGCUACUGGUCUUCCAUAAAAUGGAGCUUGACAGUGAUAAUCUUCUCCUAUUCACUACUUCAUAUGAUCAGUCACGUGUAAAGUUUAUGAAAGAACUUGAAGGAGUUUGGUUAGAUCAUAUUCCAGAUACACUAAUUGCAGAAUUGGAAAGCUGUAAAAGAGUUCUUGAACAACCUACUCAAUACAAAGAUCCAUUAUUCAUGUUGGAGCUUGUUCUUCACCAACAACCGACCAAUGGUCAAAGAGCUUCAUAUUUUUCAUGGCACAGGAUGGUUGAUGUAGUGAAGGCUUUUGUUCUCCACAUCCAGUUGAGGACAUUUAUUUUCAAAGGAGCAUUGCCAGAGAAGCCAUUGUUGAACAUGAUUUCCAGUUCCACCAAUGAUUCUGGAGUAAUUCGUUCUUCAAAUAUUUCAUCUGCUAGCUUUGGGUCCAAUGUUUCGUUGGAGUACGGACUACCUUGUGGAAUUUCAUUUUCGAAUUCUGAAAUUAGGGAUAUAUAUGUGAUUCCAGUAGCAAGUGGAAUAGUUGGAAAAUUGCUUCUAGCAGAGAAGCACCCAUUCCGCAGUCGACAUGGUGUUGUGAUUGCAAUUGCUCCGUUGGCAGGGCUAUGUCCUAAGAUAGAUGAGCAGCACUCCUCAUGGUUGCAUCUUCGAAUCAGAGAGUUUGACCCACAGUUUUAUUCAAUCAAAGGUAGAGGAAACCAACUGAGCAUGCCUGAUCAUUAUUGGGCAGAUGGGAGAUGGACCCUUGGUUUCCCAAAUGCAAGAGCUUGUGAGGAAGCUCAAUUAGCGAUUCUGAAUGAAAUGGGCAAACAGAGAUCAGCCGUGGAGUAUAUGCUUGCUCCAUUACUUGAGGAUGAUUUUGGAUUAGCUCAAAACUGAGGUAGUUAAGUUGUUAGAAUCAGUUUUCAUGUUCUUCAAGUCCGAGCUGAGGGGGGAGAUACCUGCAAAAGACACUCCGACGCUCAAGUUAGGUGUUUGUUGAAGGAGUUGUUGCUCACAAAUGGAUAUUAUGGUAAUUGAAUAUUAUGAACUCAGUAUAACAUGAGUAGAAUGUAAACGGAAUGUUUUGGAGUAUGAAUUGAGCCUGCCUGGUUAAUGUCCCUGACCUUGUAUUUAUAAGUUGUCACAAGCCAAACAGACUUACCAUAAAUUCGGACGGUUGAAAACAGAAUUCCCUUAAAAUUCGGGCGGUUGCUCAUAAACAGCUUUAUGAAUAUCUUUUAACCAGAUAUCUUUGACUGUUUUGAUCAUCCACUGGACACUUGGCCCAAUGAGCGCUAGCCCGAUUUAAUAAAACCGAUUGCCCUUGUUGGCUAUAAUGGUGACCGAACGGUGUUGAGUGUAUGACCGUUCGGUAUCUACAUAAUUGAC